AUGGUGCCGUCAGUGCAGCAGUGUAUGGAUAACCUCGUCGGGGUGUUCCACUCCUACUCUAAAAAAGAGGGAGACAAAUACAUGCUGAACUAUGCUGAGCUGAAGCUCCUGUUGAAUAAGGAACUGAGUGCUUACUUGGGUGCCUGCAAGAAUCCCUCCAGGGUGAAUGAAAUCAUGUCUGACAUGGAUAAAAACAAGGAUGGAGCAGUGGAUUUCCAAGAGUUUGUCACCAUUGUUGCUAAACUCACUGUCCUCUGCCAUGACUUCUUUGUUGGAACUGAUAAGGUCUCACCUAAGCCGGGGUGGAUGAGGGGAGUAUUUAGAGUGGCCGGGGAAGAGGAGCAUGCAGAGCAGAGAGCAGAGCGCAACUAA